AUGGGCGAUUUAGGAACUAUUGCUAAAUUCUUGGAAGAAUCAGUUGUAGCAAGCACUGCCAAGAGUGCAGAAAGAAAUUUGGGAUCAUUAGAGACACAACCAGAAUUUGGUCUCAGCCUUUUGCAUAUAGUUGCAUCUACAAAUUUACCACUAGCUACAAGAUUGGCAGGUGCUCUUUUUUUUAAAAAUUACGUGAAAAGAAGAUGGAUAGAUGAAGAUGGUAAUCAUUUACUUCCUGCAAGCGACACUGAACUCAUAAAGAAGGAAAUCGUACCACUAAUGAUUUCACUACCCAACAAUUUGCAAAUCCAGAUCGGUGAAGCUAUUUCAGCUAUUGCAGAUUCUGAUUUCCCCGGAAACUGGCCCACUUUGUUAAAUGAUUUGGCAUCUAGAUUGACCGCGGAUGAUAUGGUUACCAACAGAGGUGUUCUUAUCGUUUCACACUCUAUCUUCAAAAGAUGGAGGCCGUUGUUUCGUUCAGAUGAAUUAUUCUUAGAGAUUAAAAUGGUUUUAGAAGUUUUCACGGAGCCUUUCUUAUCACUUUUGAAGACUGUCGAUGAACAGAUCCAACAAAAUGGUAACAAUCAACAACAGUUACAGGUACUUUUUGAAGUUUUUCUCCUAUUGGUUAAGUUGUAUUAUGAUUUCAAUUGUCAAGAUAUUCCAGAAUUUUUCGAAGACAACAUUCAAACGGGAAUGGGGAUUUUACACAAAUAUUUGGCCUAUAGUAAUCCAUUGUUAGAUGACCCCGAUGAUUCAGAAACCGCAAGCGUUCUCAUAAAAGUCAAAUCUUCCAUUCAAGAAUUGGUGCAGUUGUAUACAACACGUUACGAGGAUGUCUUUGGUGAUAUGAUUAACGAUUUUAUCCAGAUCACAUGGUCACUACUCACUGCCAUGUCAUCUGAACCCAAAUAUGAUAUUUUGGUUUCUAAAUCACUAGCCUUUCUCACUGCGGUAUCAAGGAUUCCCAAAUAUUUCGAAAUCUUCAACAACGAAUUUGCAAUGAAUAACAUUGCUGAACAGAUUAUUCUUCCGAAUGUUACUCUGCGUGAAUCUGAUAUUGAAUUAUUUGAAGAUGAUCCUAUCGAAUACGUGCGUAGAGAUUUAGAAGGUUCUGAUACGGACACUAGGAGAAGGGCUUGCACAGAUUUUUUGAAGGAAUUGAAAGAGAAAAACGAACAACUAAUAACCAACAUUUUCGCAACUCAUGUACAAAAAUUUUUCGAGCAGUAUCAAUUGAAUCCAACCGAAAAUUGGAGGUAUAAGGAUUUGAGCAUUUACUUGUUUACCGCUCUUGCCAUCAAUGGUAAUGUCACCAGUUCAGGUGUAUCUUCUACUAACAUUUUGCUAGAUGUGGUAGACUUCUUUACGAAACAAAUCGCCCCGGAUUUGACCAAUUCAGUACCUCAUGUUAUUUUAAGGGUAGACGCCAUCAAAUACAUCUACAUUUUCAGAAACCAACUAAACAAACCACAAUUAAUUGAAAUCUUACCAAUUUUGGCCAACUUCUUAGAAAGGGAUGAAUAUGUCGUUUAUACCUACGCUGCCAUUACCAUCGAAAGAAUCCUAACGAUUAGAGAAUCUAUCACAUCACCUAAUUUCGUCUUUAAUAAGAUGGAUUUGACAAACAGUGCAGAACCGCUGUUGACCAAUUUGAUCAAGUUAAUUCUGAAGCAGGGUUCUUCACCAGAAAAGCUUGCAGAGAACGAGUUUUUAAUGAGAGCUGUUUUUAGAGUUCUACAAACUGCGGAAGAUACCAUUCAAGGUUUGGCUUCACAUCUUUUACAAGAAUUGUUAGGAAUCGUGACAAUAAUUUCUAAAAAUCCAUCGAAUCCUAGAUUUACUCAUUACACAUUUGAAUCGAUCGGUGCUAUUGAAUCUCAUUCUCCUUUGGAACUUUUACCCCAAAUCGUUCAAUCCAUCGUGCCGGUAUUCCUGGAAAUUUUAUCUGAGGACAUUCAAGAAUUUGUUCCCUAUGUGUUCCAACUAUUUGCCUUCUGCGUGGAGAAGGGUAAGUCUGUUCCCGACAGUAUCAAGCAAUUGGCACAACCUAUAUUGUCUCCACCAUUAUGGGAGAUGAAAGGUAACGUUCCAGCCGUGACAAGAAUUUUGAAAAGCUUUAUCAAGGCAGACCAAUCGUUGUUCCCCAAUUUAAUCCCUGUUCUUGGUGUUUUCCAGAGAUUGAUUGCCUCCAAGGCAUAUGACAUUUAUGGGUUUGAAAUUUUGGAAGUUAUUAUACUCCACAUCGAUAUGGAACGUUUGAAACCUUAUUUGAAGCAAAUCGCAGUUUUACUUUUACAGCGUUUGCAAACUUCUAAAACGGAACGUUACGUUAAACAAUUGGUCGUCUUCUUGGCUACCAUCUCUAUCAAAUUGGGACCUGAUUUCGUUGUGGAAUUCAUCGAUGGUGUACAAGAUGGUGUAUUCUCACAAAUUUGGGGUAAUUUCAUACUUACCACACUACCUGGUAUCGGUCAUCUAUUGAGUCGUAAGAUUGCAUUGGUGGGUACUCUCAAUGUAAUGAUUUCAGGUAACAUUUUUGUCAACAAAUACCAACCACUGUUAGUACCUACAUUAGAAGCUAUAGUAGAGACAGCAUCUUCACAAAGCAUUGCCAAUUUGACUAACGAUCAUAUCGAUUUUGACAACAUGGAAGAAAUCUCUACUUUUGGUUCCAGUUUCAGUAGAUUGGUAAGUGUUACAGAAAGGCCUGUUGAUCCGUUAGCAGAUAUUGAUUUGACUAAUGGUCUAAGGUCCUAUGUUGCCACUUCUUUGAGCAAAUACAAUGAAUCUUCAGGUAUGGCUUUAGUUUCAAACCUAGCACCACAACUUCCACAAGACGCUCAAAUAAAAUUGAAAGAUCUCAUGUCUGUGGCAGUUUGA